GCUGUUGCUAGUGGGAGUGACAGGCUGUGGGAUGGGAGUCGACAGGAAUUGGGAGAAAUACUUUGAAAUGGAAAAAAACGAAUAGAAAUGUAGCGAGCAAAAAUGCUUAUAUCAUUAAUUAGCUCAUGGAUUCCUGGGUCUUGUUUCCGUCUCUGUAGCUAGUUGGUUAAACUAGGCUGGAAGCUUAUUAGGGAGAGCUAGCUAGGCUCUAUCUGCCACACAUUGUCUGUUUAGACAUCACGAAGUAGCUCAGAAUAACAAAAGCGAUCGUAUCGACCACAGCUUUCAGGAAACAUUUGCUCUCCGCCGCUAGAAAAAAGUCGUGUCAGCAGCGCUUGGCGUACUUAGCUGCGUCGUUAGCUCGACAGCUAACUAGUUAGCUUACCUCGUUUGACAUAUCGGUCCUACGGGUGGAGCAGGGAAGUGUUUGAAUUUUUAGCAUAGUUGGCCACUUUUAGUAUUCGACCGACAUCUCCCUAAGUAGACUCAUUCUAACAUUUUGUUUUGUGUAAUGUGUAAUUAAAAGGGGAAAAUAAUGCAAGUCAUAGCUGAAGCUAACCAGCUGAAAGAGCUGUAAACCAACAAGCGCCAAAAACACAACAGGGGUAACUGGCUGAUUAUGUGGCCCCGUUACAUUUCCCCCCACUUGUCCCAGGUUCUGUUACUUUUAGCAGCUACGUUUCCCAUUGUUAGUUUCUCAAGAACCAUUCCCUCACUGCACGAAGGUGUCAUUUUUUCCCAGAAUAAAAAACAGAAGCGAGCCCAUGGCUAUUUACGUUCUUGUUUUGUGACGCAAAGCCUUGUUGAAUGUCUUAAGUGUUGGUAAAAGUUAAUUAAAUGCCAAACACUGUUGAGUAACGUUUGCUGACAGCAAAUUUUUAAUUUAAAAGAAUUGUAAUAACAUAUUCCCUGACAUAGAAAUCAGUCAUUUAAUUUGUGCAUAACAAAUAAAUACUCAUACUCCUUGAACUUAACAUUUUGGCACAUAACAGCCUCAAUGUGACUUAUGAAAUAGUACAGCAUAAAUUACCUAUAGUCCUUUAAUAUCCUUUAGUUUUAUUUUAUUUUUUUUUAAAUAAAGAUCUUAACAAGUGAUGUUUAUUAGUUUUCAGCUGUCUGUUCUUUGAUACCCCCAGGAAUAUAAUCCAUGCGUGUUUAAUUUAAGCACUAAUACAUUUAAACAAAUACAGUUGUUCUGUGAAGGUCUUAGAGGUUUGUUAGAAUUAUUCGGCAUGAAAAGCAAUGCGCUAACCAGAUGGGUAAAGGAUAGGGGUGUUUUUAGACAUUUAUAACAGAAAUAGGUAAUAAAAAAGAUUCAAGAUUCCUCUUAAUUGUUGUCUAGGUGUACAACAAAAUGUUCAUUGCACUAGCUUAAAAGAAAGAAAAACAGCUCUCAUAAUAUCUAAAAAAUAUGAAAUAUCACAUGCAUAUCCAUCUCACACAGCCUAUAUUUUAAUAUGCCAACAUAUUUAGUGAACAGGAAGAUAACUGUAAACAUAAAAUGAAUACCACGUACAGACUGGACGAGAAAAAUACUUUGGAAUAAAUAUUUUUAAUUGUAUAAAAAAUACUGAGUGGAGCAGCAAUGGAAGGUCACCAGCAGAUGUGGCAGGUUGAUCUUCCUGGAAGCUCUCAGGAACUGCAGCAUGCUCUUGGCCCAGAUCAACCGGGACUCCCAGGGAAUGUCCGAGUUUCACGAUGCAGACGGGCAGCCGGUCACGCUCUGUCUGACGGAGGCUGUGACAGUGGCAGAUGGUGAUCAGAUGGAGAACAUGGACACAGUGAGCCUGCAGGCUGUCACUCUUGCAGACGGUUCCACUGCGUACAUCCAGCAUGAGUCCAAAGCAUCCUUCUCUGAUGGACAGAUUAUGGACGGUCAGGUGAUCCAGCUGGAGGACGGCUCAGCUGCCUACGUCCACCAUGUGUCCAUGCCUAAAACAGGAGGAGAGAGUUUACAGCUGGAAGACGGCCAGGCUGUCCAGUUAGAAGAUGGAACAACUGCCUACAUUCACACACCCAAAGAAACGUACGACCAGAGUGGCUUGCAGGAGGUCCAGCUAGAGGAUGGAAGCACCGCCUACAUCCAGCACACGGUGCACAUGCCUCAGCCCAACACCAUCCUGGCCAUCCAGGCUGACGGCACCAUCGCAGACCUGCAGGCCGAUGCCACGGCCAUCGACCCAGAAACCAUCAGUGUGCUCGAACACUACGGCACCAAGGUGGAGAACGUGGAAAACCCCUUGGGGUCGUUUGGCAGAGUGGAAACAGACAGCGGUGUCCACAUGAGGAUUGUGCUGCAGGGUCAAGACAACAGGCAACCAAGAGUAACAAACGUCGGAGAAAAAUCUUUCCGCUGCGAAUACGAAGGCUGUGGAAAGCUCUACACCACCGCCCACCACCUCAAGGUCCACGAGCGCUCGCACACUGGUGAUAAACCUUACGUCUGCGAAUAUCGGGGCUGCGGAAAGAAGUUUGCAACAGGUUACGGACUGAAGAGUCACUCGCGGACGCAUACAGGGGAAAAGCCAUACAGAUGUCAGGAGAUGAACUGCUGCAAGUCCUUUAAAACCUCCGGAGACCUUCAGAAACACACAAGGACCCACACAGGGGAGAAGCCCUUCAAGUGCCCGGUGGAGGGCUGCGGCCGCUCCUUCACCACGUCCAACAUCCGCAAAGUUCACAUCCGGACGCACACGGGGGAGCGGCCGUACUACUGCUCCGAGCCCAGCUGCGGCCGCUCCUUCGCCAGCGCCACCAACUACAAGAACCACAUGAGGAUCCAUACAGGAGAGAAACCGUACGUUUGCACAGUGCCUGGGUGUGAAAAGCGUUUCACCGAAUACUCCAGCCUGUACAAGCAUCAUGUGGUUCACACGCCCUGCAAGCCCUACAACUGCAACCACUGUGGGAAGACGUACAAGCAGAUCUCCACACUCGCCAUGCACAAACGCACCACGCACAACGACUCCGAGCCCAUCGAGGAGGAGCAGGAGGCCUACUUCGAGCCACCGGCAGACGCCAUCGACGACCCAAACGUGAGCUACACACCGGCCGUGGUGGACACAGACGACUCGGAACCGGUCCCAGUGGACUCCUCGGACAUGUCCGGUCAGCCGCAGGUCGCCUUGGUAACGCAGGAAGAUGGAACGCAACAGGUCAGCAUCUCUGAAGCAGACCUGCAAGCUAUGGGUGGCACAAUCACCAUGGUAACCCAAGAAGGCACCACCAUAACAAUCCCAGCGCAUGAACUGGCGACGCAAGGCGCACACGCGGUUACCAUGGUGGCAACCGACGGCUCGGACGAACAGGUGGCCAUCAUGACACCCGACAUGGCAUCAUUUCAAACCGUGGAGGAAGCAAACUACCAAGACCAAGAAGAUCUCCAUCCCGUCACGUUACUGGCCACGCCCAAUGGCACUCACAUCGCCGUUCAGCUGAGCGAUCAGCCUUCUCUGGAAGAAGCCAUUAGAAUAGCCUCCAGGAUACAGCAAGGAGAAACCCCCGGCCUGGACGACUGAUUGGCUGACGACUCCGUAUGGACAAUGAAUGAAGAUCAAGACCAUUUCAAAUGGACUAUGUAUAUAUAUCUAUAUAUACAUGGGUACAUAUAGAUGUAUAUAUAUUUGGGAGAAAUCAUGUCUUCCCCUUUUUUUCACAACAGAACUCUGCUUUUACGUGUAAAUAGGAUUUUGAUAACUGAAGCUGCGUUAUGCUAUUUUGUCUCUCUUACGGAAAAAUUAAAGAGGGAAUUAAUGCUUUCUAAUGUUGCUGAAUGCACAGUGCAGUGUACAGAAAAUGCUAUUUCUAAAAAUAAAUAAAUACAAAUUAAAGAUUGCG